AUGUCCGCCAACAUUCGUGAUCAAUUCCACACCGACAAGCUGAUCGCUCAUCGGUUCGCCGGGCUCGACAACCGCGGCAAGGUGCAAGCCGAGUACAUCUGGAUCGAUGGAACCACCGAGCACCUUCGAUGCAAGACCAGAACCUUGGACAAGGCUCCCAAGACCCCUGAUGGUAAGAGAUUUCAAAUUUUUUUAUUGUUUUAGAUAACAAUAGCGGAUGGGAAAGAAAAAAGCUUCCCAUGGGUGAGAUGUAGCUAAACACGAAAGGAUACUGGAAUUUUUAGAUAGUAAAAUAUAUUGGCAAUCUCAAUGUCCAUCUUUCAUUUGCAGAGGUUGUGUUUUCCUCAUGAAAACUAAAGAUUCCCGAGGUCCGCUUUUAUCCAGUGUAAUAUCGCAAAAUGUAGCUUUCUGGUGUCUGUUUUUUGUUGUAGCUUUGUGAAUUUAUACAACUUUUUGGGUGGUACUUUUUCGUCCAUUUUUGUGAAGGUCAUUUAAAAUUUGGACCCUAGUUUACCUUGAAAAUAUCGAUAGGUCAAUUCCAAGUGGUUUCAUAGAAAAUUUUUUUUGAUCUGUCGCUGUAAAAAUCAAAAAAUCACUGUAAUAUUGCGUGAGAUUCCCAACUAAAUACCUUGCAUUUGCAGAUCUCCCCAUCUGGAACUUCGAUGGUUCCUCGACCGGUCAAGCUCACGGUGCGGACUCGGACGUGUUCCUGAAGCCAGUCGCCAUCUACCCCGACCCAUUCAGACUUGGCGAGAACAUCUUGGUCCUGUGUGAGACCUUGGACAACAAGUUGCAGCCCCAUCCCACCAACAACCGAAGAAGAUGUCUGCAGACAAUGAAUGCCGCCAAAAACGAGCACCCCUGGUUCGGAAUGGAGCAGGAGUACACGUUGUUGGAUGUGGACGGACAUCCAUUCGGAUGGUAAGAGAGUUGUAAAUGUUCUAUCCUAUUUUUGUCCUCAUUUUUGAGAUAGAUGUCAAGGAUAAUGUAAAAAAUUCUAUUUAAGGCCCAAGAACGGAUUCCCAGGACCCCAAGGCCCCUACUACUGCGGUGUUGGAGCCAACAAGGUCUACGGACGCGACAUUGUCGAGGCUCAUUACAAGGCCUGUCUGUACGCGGGCAUCAACAUCUCCGGAACGAAUGCCGAGGUCAUGCCCGGGCAAUUCGAGUUCCAAGUCGGGCCCAGCGAAGGCAUCAACAUGGGAGAUGAGCUCUGGGUUGCUCGGUUCUUGCUGCACAGAAUUGCCGAGGAGUUCGGAGUGAUCGCCACUUUGGAUCCCAAGCCAAUCAGCGGAGACUGGAACGGCGCUGGAUGCCACACCAACUUCUCCACCGAGAAAAUGCGCAAACCCGGAGGAUACAGGUGAGUUUUUGAGAAGGUGAGAGCCUUUUGAGGCGUUUUGGAAGCUAAAUUAUUUAGUUUGUACUGUAAAUAUCUAAAUUUUUGAUUUCAGCGAGAUCAUUGCCGCCAUUGAGAAGCUGUCAAAGUCCCACAACGAGCACAUCGCCUACUACGACCCCUCCGGCGGCGCUGACAAUGCUCGUCGUCUCACCGGCCAACAUGAGACCGCUUCCAUCUCCAACUUCUCGUAUGGAGUGGCGUCUCGUUGUUCGUCGGUCCGUAUCCCGCGACAAACCGAGGUGGAUCAGUUCGGAUACUUUGAGGACCGUCGACCCUCAUCCAACUGUGAUCCUUACUCUGUGACUGACGCCAUCGUCCGCACUGUCUGCUUGGGCGUCAAGAAGUUGAGCAAGACCUACACCCCUCAGGAUGCCGAAUCCCUGAGAAAGAUGAUCGGCCAAAUGCAACAGGGAAAGAUCCACGAAGAAGACGACUCUUAG